AUGACAUUUUUUAAUUAUAAUUUUUUAUGUGUUCAGUCUUUUACAUUAGAAUUCGGAGUGGCAGUUCUAACAGCAUUUUUUACGAUUUUGACACUGUUGAUAGUUGUGUUCAAUGUAUCAGAGUUAUCAAGUAUGAUUUCAGAUAAUCCCAUUGUUUUGAUCACUAUAUUCUUAUUACUACUCACUUGGCUCAUGGCGAUUGCAGGAGCUAAUUCGAGGUCAAGAACAUUGAUAGCUUUGUCAAUUGUUAUUUGGGCCAUCUUCCUUAUUGUGUGGCUAGUUUUAUCGUUAUACUUCAGAAUACUCAUGCAGAAUACCGACUUCUGUGUAUCGUACGCAACGAGAUGUGCACCAUCUAUGUGGCUUAUCGGCAGCAACGGAGGCUAUUUAGUUAAUGACACCGAAACACCUGAUUCACCCGAACUAACUACGGAGUCGCCUGAAAUUAAUGAAAGACGAAGGUUAUGGACGAUAAUGGACUUACCAGAAAUAACUUUUAAGACUUUUCACCCUGUGAGGACGAACGUACUACUCCAAGCGACCCCUGCUACUUCUGCUGAUAAUACUGUUAUUUCAAAUCAAACGACUAUGAUGAUCGGUGUUAAUAACGGGUGUGGGUGUGAACGUCACCCGCGGACGACGACUGAAAGUCCGCCGAGCGAUUUAAUAACCCGCGUCAUCAAGUACCGUAAAAAUAUGGCGAUGUAUCGUCAAACCGCGGAGGCGGCGAUACGACGAAAAAAAAAAGAAGGGAAAAAAAUUAAGGACGUAUUGGAUGAUGAUAGCGAUGACGAAGAUACAACUACUGAGGAACCUACCGAAGAUGAAAACACAGAUACAAUUACAGCUACAGCUGACCCCAUAGAAUAUUUGACCAUGGCAAUUUUUUUACUGCUGUUUCUGUAUGCGUUGUAUGUACUAUUGUCCUAUCACAGCGAACUAAAAUUUAUGCGGAAUUGUAAAUGUACAUUUCUUACAUAA